AGGCCGUCAUCGCUGGAGUGGUAGCGCCGCUGUUUCCUCUGGGAGCUCUUUCAGUAAUUUUUGUCUUGAAGAGAUUCUGACCAUCCGAAUCUUUAUUGAUGAGACUGGUGGACUGCCUGAUUCAGAAAGGAACAAAGCUGGUGAUGAAAGUGGAAAGAGGGAGGUGCCUCACCACUGUCCUCAGGAACACUGGACAGAGGGCUGUGCUGAAGUCUACUGCCACUGGAACCAUUCCUGUUGCUGGCCAUUUCAUUCCUGGAACCUUUACUAACCAAAUCCAAGAAGCCUUCCUGGAGCCACAUCUUUUGGUGGUUACUGAUCCCAGUGCUGACCACCAGCCUCUCACAGAGGCAUCUUAUGUUAAUCUACCUUCCAUUGCUCUGUGUAACACAGAUUCUCCUCUGCACUGUAUGCACAUUGCUAUCCCAUGCACCAACAAGGGAGCUCACUCAGUGGGUCUGAUGUACUGGAUGCUGGCCAGGGAAGUUCUACACAUGCAUGGCACCAUUUCCCAUGAACGCUGUGAGAGGUCAUGCCUGCUCUCGACUUCUACAGAGAUCCUGAAGAAUGAAAAGGAGUAACAGGCUGCUGCUGAAAGGGCUGUGGCCAGGGUGGAAUCUCAGGGUGAAUGAACUGCUCCAGCUCCUGAGUUUACCACUACUCAACCUGAGGCUGCAGACUGGUCUGAAGGUGUGCAGGUGCCCUCUGUGCCUAUCUAGCAGUUUCCUACUGAAGACUACAGCCCCAGCUGCUCAGGUCACUGAAUGGAUGGAAAAAAACCACUGAGUGAUCUUAAACCUGCUCUUCCACAGACUCUUAUAUGAAGUGGAAAUAAGGUUGAUAAGGGAAAUAAAAGUUUCUAAAAUAAUAAUAAUGAUAAUAAUAAUAAUAAAGGGGCCAAUAAAACCCAACCUAAAACCACAGUAAGACAUAGCCUCACCCUAAUUACAGUGCUUAUUAUCAAAAACACAAAAAAUAAUGAAUGCACAUAUGGGUGGGGAAAAAGGAGAACUUUUAAUAUAAUUGGUAGGAAUAUAAAUUAGUAUAACCAUUAUAGACAACAAUAUGAUAGU